AUGGACCUCACCUACCGCUCUGACGAGUCUUCUGUAGUCCCCUCACCUCUACCCCAAUCAGUCGGAUAUGGCGUCGUGGUAGCUGCUGGCCUGGCAUUUGCCUUUGGCAUGAUGGGCUUGACCGCGAUCCUGAAAAAGACCUUGAAUGAAGAUAAUUCCAAAGUGGAAACCUUCAUGGUUGCCAACAGAACAGUACGAACCGGUCUAGUCGCAUCGGCGGUAGUUUCGUCAUGGCUGUGGAGUACUGCCCUGUUGAGUUGCGUCCUAGUAACUUACAGCUACGGAAUCAGCGGGGCGUUUUGGUACGGCGCUGGUUGCUCAACUGUCAUCGUCUUCUUCGGAUACCUGGGAACCGUUUGCAAGGGACGCGUCCCUGAAGCCCAUACUAUUCUCGAAGUCAUUCGUAUCAGAUACGGAACUGUCGCCCACCUAAGCUUCACAUUCUUGGCCAUCGUGAAUAAUCUUCUCAACACGAUCAACAUGAUCCUAGGCGCAUCGGCAGCCAUAUCCUUCUUUUUCCUCACCGACUACAUUCACACCUUCGCCAUUCUUAUUCUGAGCUGUUGGUUAACAGCCAAGGUCAUAACGUCAGAAUCUGUCGGCUCAAUCGGACGUCUUUACGAUCUCGUCGUCGCCGCUCAGUCAAACCAUGUUGUUGAAGGCAACUAUGAGGGCUCGUUACUCACCAUGACAUCCCAACAGGGUAUAUACUUCGCCAUCAUCCUUCUCACCUCCAACUUCGGCGCGGUUGUUAUGGACACGGGGUAUUUCCUCAAGGCGUUCGCAGCGUCGCCGAGCGCCGUUGUCCCAGGCUAUGUCUUGGGCGGGAUCUCUUACUUCAGCAUCCCGUGGUCGCUCGGCACGGUCGUGGGCAUGGCGUCGCUGGGACUGGAGGCGCUUCCUAUCUUCCCUACAUACCCGAGACUCAUGACUGGCGCCGAAGUCACAAACGGCCUCGCCUUACCUUAUGUCGCCGUCGCUGUCGCAGGCAAGGGGGGUGCCGUUGCCGUUCUGCUAAUGACUUUCAUGGCUGUCACCUCAACUUUGUCAGCACAAAUUCUUGCCGUUUCUUCAAUCCUGACGUUCGACAUAUACCGCGUAUACUUCAAUCAGGAAGCUUCCAACGAGCAGGUGAUUCGAUGGGGACACAUUGGCGUUGUAUUCUUUGGAGUCGUCGCUGCGGCUUUCACUGCAAUGUUCCAUUACAUCGGAGUGGACAUGGGCUGGACACUCUACAUGCUCGGAAUUCUAACGUGUCCGGGCGUAAUUCCGCUUAUCUUCACCAUAAUUUGGCGCAAACAGACUAAGCUCGCCGCUAUUAGCUCUGCAUUCCUAGGAAUGGCAACGGGCCUCGGCGUCUGGCUCGGCUCCGCAUACGCCUUUUCCGGAAAAGUAACGGUCGCGUCUACGGGAGGGACCCUACCCUGUAUGUAUGGCACCGUUGCAUCUUUAUUCAGCCCAUUACUCUACAGCGUGGCUGUUACGUAUAUACGACCUGAUAAUUAUGACUGGAGCCGUUUCAAGGAACAGAGGCUAGCUGUUGAGCCGGACGAGAGCUCCAGUGCAUCAGAUACUUCUCAAGGUAAAGGCCCGGAACAGGUCACAGCAACUGAGACGGCGUCAAAUGAAACCUUUAACGACAAUAACCAACGUAGAUGGACUAAAUAUGCUCUCUGGUGGGCUAUUGCUACGUUUCUUGGUCACUGGGUAUUGUGGCCAUUGCCAAUGUACGCAGCGAAAUUCAUCUUCAGUAAAGAGGCAAGUUUAUUAUCUUCAUUUACCCUAGAGUCGUCCACGUUCUCAAAUCCCUUCCCUAUUGAGAUGCAUUGUUCUACUGCUAAUGUCUGA